CAUGAUGCACCUCUAAAGUGGGUGGGUCCCUAAGGUUUCUCCUUCGAUCUCCCACCCGCUUUACCCAUGCACCCUAUUUACAGAGCAGACGAUGGAAGCUCAGAGAGGGCAAGUCAUUUGCCCUGGAUUGCACAGCACUAGGGGGAAACCAGAUGCCAGGCAUGACUCUGAGACCGUGUUCGUCCUAUUCGUUUGACGCCCUGGUUCAUUGCGCUACGUGCAAACGAGAUGAAACGGGCCGGAAGCCUUCUGCUGCUGAUCCCAGCACCCUCGGUGCCAGGCCGAAAGAAAAGAAGCCACCAGGAGGAAGAGUCAUCGAGUCCCGAUAUUUGAAAUACGAAAAGAAAACAAACAAAACAGUAACGCAAAAGACGCCGGCAGCCGAUGUGUCAAAAAGCAGCGGGAAGACUCUCGAAGGCCGCCGGGACCCCAGCCUGCUGCAGAAAAGCAAAGCCGACAGCAGCGGGAUGGGGAAGAGCCUGCUGCAGUCCACCCUUCUGGAAGGACACGGCGCCGCCCCGCCCGACCUGGAUCUCUCUGCCAUUAACGAGAAAAGCGCGCUCAGGAAGACGCCGCAGUUGGACAAAGGAGCAGCCAAGAAACCCAAGCCCAAGUCGUUUUCCGCCCCGCAGAAAAAGAGCCCCACUCCCUCGGAAGCAAUGGAAACGUUGGAGUCUCAGACCGUCCUCCUGACCCUGCUGACCGUAAAGAUGGAGAAGGGCCUCGCCGAUUUCGAACAGAAGGCCGAAAAGAACCUGCUGACGUUGUGUCGAGAGAAGGAGAGGCUGCAGAAGGAGGUCCACGAACUGAGACGGAAGCUCCUCCUUGACCAGAGAAAGAGAAAGCAACCUCUACCUUCCUACUUGCAGAUCGAGAUGCUCAGCCCCUUCGAGGCAGCGUCCGAACGCUUCCGGGAGCAGUACAAGACCUUCGCCACGGCCUUGGACACCACCAGACAUGAGCUGCCCGUGAAGUCCAUCCACCUGGAGGGCGACGGGCAGCAGGCGCUGGACGCACUGCAAGCAGAAUUGCAGGCCACACAGCACCUGCUGGGCGAGCUUGGGAUUGGAACUUUGGAAGAUAACGUGAAGGUGCUACAUUUCCUGAGCGAACUGAAGGAGCUGACCUCAAGGAAAGACCAGGAGCUCCGAAGGUACGUCGAGGAGGUGCACGAACUUUCCGCCGAGGCCAGCAAAGAGGCAGCCUUGGCCAACCAGGAAGUCUGGGAAGAGGCCCAGGGCCCUGAGACCGCCAGCCGCUGGUACUUCAGCCAGGACGGUGCCUGCGGGGACUCCCAGGGCGGGCACAAGAGCCCACACCCCUCCAGGGGCACGCUUCCUCCGCACAGUCAGGAAGAAAGUCCUUCCUGUACCUGUCGUUCCGGGAGGGACCUGCAGUGACUCCCAGGUGACACUUAGGGCACGUGCACUUUAUCGUCUGCUUUAGCCGGGAGCUAGUUUUAUAGAUUUUAUAUUUUUUUUCCCAAUUGCUAGAGGGCAUACGCAUACAGUUUUGUUAUGCAUUU